AUGGGUUCAAAAUCAGUGACUUUAACCUUUGAGGAUGUGGCUAAGCACAAUCACAAAAAGGAUUGUUGGAUCAUAGUCAACAAAAAGGUAUACGAUGUUACUGCAUUUUUGGAUGAUCAUCCAGGAGGUGAUGAGGCUUUACUGUCUGCUACAGGGAAGGAUGCCACCUUGGAUUUCGAAGAUGUCGGCCACAGUGACUCAGCAACAGAGAUGAUGGAACAGUACUUUGUUGGUGAGGUUGAUGCCGCCACACUCCCAGCAGAAGCUAGGAACAAUCAACCUCCACCAAUUCAAACAACCACCUUAAACAACGAAUCUUCUGGAUUUCUUUUUAAGUUCUUGCAGUACUUGGUGCCAUUGCUGAUACUAGGCUCCGCAUUUGCUCUGCAGUACUUUGGGAAAAAAAGCAAGUCCAAUGAAUCAUAA